GCGGAAGGCCCUCCAGUACCAGGAGGGCACCAAGAGGGAGGACAGGUACUUGUGCGGCCCGCGGCUGGAGGCGAAACUCACUAGCCGGGCCGAGAUCGCGGUCGAGCGCUGCAAGACUGGUUGGCUCUCCAGGCCCGACGGCGUGGAACGGCUCCUGGCGUGGCUGGAGCGCAGGUGCUCUAGACAGGCUGUGCCCGACGUCGGACAGGAGCUCGAGACAUUCUUGAUCAAGACGAAGCGCCGCAAGCUAGAGCCGAUGCAGCAGUGGACUGACCGCUUCGAGACCGGGUACCAGUACCUCAGGCGCGCGUUGGCACGCGCGCUUGGACACACAGUUCCAGUUCAGGUCGCGCCACCGUGGAAGAGGUCUGGGCGACCUUACAGGUGGAUCGAGGUCGAACGUGACUGGCCAUUCGAGGGUAGCGAAUGGACGUGGGAGUACACGGACGGCCUGCCAGACGACGAGAAAGAGGAGUCGCACCACUGGAGCGCCGCUGACCAAGACGCGGAUGCAGAGGAGGAGCUCGGGGACAUGCCGGAGGUGUUCCCUAGCCUGGUCCUGGGCUGGCUGAUGCUCGCGCGGUCGGGGCUCGACUCGCGCGAGAGGGCUGCCAUCAUGACGGCGACGGGCGGCUCGCUGGAAGUCAACAUCAUCCGGGAGAAGCUGAUCUCGAGCUGGGAGGAUGACGACCUGGCGGAGCGUGACGGGCACUCGAGGUUCCCGAAGGCGUACACAGCCCAGCUGGGAGAAGAUGAUCGUACGUGGCUUGACGGAGACGAUGGACCAGACGCGAGCAGCUUCGCAGCCGACGUGGAGAACUACGAGUGGCAGGAGGAAGACCCAGGCCAGGAGGAAGUGAACGAUGACGAGAUCGAGACGUACUUGGCAGCUCAGCAGGAUGAGGCGGAGGCGCUUGCGGCGCUUCACACCGCCCAGCGCACCCUCCGCCAGGCUCGGGAGGCCCAGGCCGACAGCCGGCUGAGCAGGGGCUUCUACCGGGGAGGACGGCCAACACCGAAGGGAUCAGGCAAGGGCUUCUCGGCGGGAGUUCGCCGACCACUUCCUCCCCAGGUGGGAGGUAGAGGCCAGAUCUUGCCGACGAACAAGGGCCAGAAGAAGUGCGCGAAAUGUGGGGGAGCUCACUGGGUUCAGGACUGCCAGGACCGUCAUGACCCCCGGCUCCGGCCAGGAGCUGCUGGCACGCCAGAGGCGAGCGCGAAGGUAGCUGAGUGCAGGAGGGAGCUGAAGGUCAACCUCGUGGCCUCGCUGGUCGCCGAGCAGGAGCCUCAGGACAUGGAGUGCGAGGCGAUGUUCGCAGACCAGGCCAUCCGCGAGGGCAAGGGCAUCGUCGACCUAGGAUGCACGGACGCCAUGGGUGGCGAGCGUGCGCUGGACAUCGUGGCCCGCAAGAACAUGGAGAAGUACGGCGACACCAGGCUGCUGGAGGUGAACCGGGACUACAGGCCGGUCUAUAGCUUCGGGAAUGGCGAGAAGGAACGCGCCUACGGACAGGUGAAGUUCGGCAUCACGGGCGCGGGCAUAGAGGGCGAUAUCGCCAUCAACGGUUUCUCGAAGGAUGUCCCGAUCUUGGUGUCCAAGAAGGUUCUGAAGAAGCUGGGAGCUGUCGUGGACUGCGAGACUGGGGUGACCGUGUUCGUGAAGCUCGCGCCGGACAUUCCCGUUCAACUGGAGGAAUCACCUGAUGGAGGACACUACUACAUCAGCCUGGUCGACGACUUGCUGGGGCAGCGCGUCAGAGACCAGAACCAGUUGCGGAACUUCAGGACCAUCAGCGAGAACAUCAGUGAGUGGGACAGUAGGCCAGGGGCCGCAGUGUGUCAGGGGCCAGACAGCAGCUCGGACACUCGGGCUGAGCAGUCGGAGCGCUACAUGUAUCCAUCUCAAUCGGACCACAGCGUUGCCCUCGAGGAGCUUGGUCCGACGUGCAGUCCGGCCUGGGGCGUGAACGAGCUGAAACAGAUCCUCAAGGGGCACAUGUUUCCGGAGGACGAGGCACCAGCGCAGGUGGCCAUGCAGGGCCCCAGCUCGAGGAAGAAGCCCCAGCUGUUGGUGAAGGCCGAGGAGGCUCAGAGCCAGUACCAGUCCUACACGUCCGGGUGCCCGAAGGAGUUGGACAAGGGGAGCAGCUGGGAGCUGCUCCGGUUUGCCUCAUGGCUCAACGAGCAAGGGAACAUCGACGAGAAGGCGGAGAUGACCAGGGAUCCGAAGGAGGUCCCGAAGGAGCCGGCCCAGGCUCGAGGGGGCGCGAGGUCAUCCCGCAGGAGGACAUUGGGCGCGAUAGUGGAGGACGAGAUUGUGAAGCAGGACAGGCUCGAGGCUGCGAUCAAGGUGCAGAAGGAGGAGAAGGAGUCCAACCGUCUGGCCCAGCUCAAACAGAAGAUCGGCCAGCUGGAGGGCUUGAACUGCACCAAGGAGCUGGAUCCCAGGAAGCAGCGCUGGCUCGCCAAGUGCAUCAAGGAGAACGGCCACUUGGAGGACUACGAGGCGAUGAUGGCCCACGGCGGCAUCAAGCUGAUGGAGGUCGCAUGUAGCCCCACGUCCAUCCUGAGCGCGAAGAUGAUGGAGAAGUUCGGAGAGGGUGCUGUAUGUCGCAUCAGUGCCUGGAAUGGUUUCAAGCUGGGGACCAAUGGAGGCAACAAAAGGGCUCGAGAGGCACGUGAUGAAGCCGAACCAGACCACCUGUGGAUUAGUACGAGAUGCGGCCCGCUAUCGACCCUUACCCUCGGCUCCAACGGUUCCAACCCCAUCAGGGCCGAGGCCACCAGGAAGCGCAGACUGCAAGCCAUUAAGGAGUACAAGGGCGCGGUGCAGCUGGUGUACGACCAAGUGGCUCAAGGUAAGCAUGUACACUGGGAAUGGCCCAUCAAGUGCGAGGGCUGGGGCCACACGAUGAUCAGGAAGAUGGUGGAGGACUGUUCAAUGACUGUGGUGAAGGUGGCAGGCUGCCAGCUCGGUGUGAAGGACAAGAAGGGCCUGCCGCUGCUGAAGGAAUGGCUGAUUGCUACGACAUCUCCGAAAAUGGCCGCUAGGAUGUCCGUGGAGUGCUCAGGGGACCACCGACAUGGAGAGCUUACAGGAGGCGACCUCACAGCGGCCACCAGCUAUUACCCGGACGAGUUUGCAAGGCGAGCGGUCCGGGCGAUGAUCGAGGAGGCCGCGCCAGACUACCACGAGUUCCUGAAAUGCUUGGCCGAGCCCGAGGAGGCCCUCGACAAGGCGAUGGCAGCCGACCAGGAGGAGAUGAAGAUGAACACAGACGUGAACUCGAAGGAGUACCAGCAGAUCAUGAAGUGGCUCACCUCGAUCCACCGUGGCUCAGGCCACAGCUCGAAGGCCUCCAUGCUGAACGCGCUGCGGAGGAAGGGCGCCAGCCCACAGGUGCUACAAGUGGCCCAGGACUUCCUCUGCGACGCAUGCGAGGAGGCGAACAAGUUCAAGCCUACGCAUCCGCCCGUCAGCUUAGAGGCCAUCCCGCCAAAGUGGAAGCACAUCCAGGCGGACCAGUUCGAGUGGGAGCACCCGCAGACGAAAGUCAAGUCCAAGAUUUCCCUGAUCAUUGACGAGAACUGCAGGGUGCGAGUUAGCAAGCUGCUGUACCACAUGGUUGGCGAGGACCGGCACAGGAACCCAGUAUGGGCGGACCUCAGGUCGUUCUACGAGGAGCGCUGGUUGCCAUACUUCGGCAAGCCGCAGAGGGUGAAGGUAGACCCCGAGGGAUCCUGGAUGUCCAAGCAAGCGGCGGAGUACUUCGAUUCCGACUCCAUCGGGUAUGAACCCAUACCUGGCCAGGCUCAUUGGCACAUCUCCCUCGCCGAGGAAGCCAUCCAGGCCACCAAGGGGACCAUGGAUAAGCUGGUGGCGGAGAACCCCGAGAUGACAACGGAGGAGGCCUUGGCAAGGGCGACCGCAGCUGGAAACUCACGGGAAGACGUUCGAGGACACUCACCCCUUCAACACGCCCUAGGACGGGCACCAGACCUGGACGGACACUUCUUUGAGAGCGACUUCGACGAGCUGCCCUACGUGGAGGCCCAGAGGGUCGACAAGGAGUUCGGGGAUAACUACACCAGGAUGUACGCGGCAGAGCAAGAGUACCUGAGGCAGGUCUACAUGCGGCGCCUCAGCAGAGCGGAGAACGCGAAGAAUCAGGCGGUGAAGUCCGCGGUGCCAGGCAUGUGGGUGCGCUACUUCAGGAAGGAGAAGGGCGAAGCCAAGGGCCGCUUCAAGGGGCUCGCGAGUGUCCUGGCCACAGAGACAGCGCGGCCAGUAGACGGCGACCUUGGCGAAGGACGUGUCCUCCAUCCUGGGCGAGCAGGAUCCGUGGUGUGGCUUGUAAGAGCCGGACGUAUCAUCAAGGUAGACCUCUGCCAGAUCCGAGCGGCUUCCUCACGGGGGAUCGCAUGCGCCGAGCUGAUGGGAGGCAAGGACACGCCCUGGACGGUCCACACCUUCAUGAAUCAGGCGCUGAAACACGAGUACCUGGACUUCACGGGCCACGACCCCACAGAGAAUGACAUGGAGAUCUCAACCUGGGAAGGACUGCCAGAACCAGCCCCUCCACUGAAGAAGGCCCGCACAGGGCAGGCUGCGGGAGAUGGCCAGACCUCAGGGAGCCGUCCAACACCACCGGUGCGGAGGCGAAUUAUCAAGAAAGGACACCGUCCAGGAGGGGUGGCCGACCAAGCUCGAGCGUCUCGAGCCGCCCUGGCGGAGGAGCAGAUGAAGGAGAACAUGGCCCUCAUGGCGAAGUCCACUCCAGAUGCCCGGGCAUUUUGGGCUCGUCAAGGUACGUCGCUGGAGGUCUCCGUUGAGGUUCCAUUGGAGGGCAAGCCGCUCAAGCAGGCCACGAGGCAUAUGAGCACCUAUAUGGCGAGCCAGCUGCGGAAAGGCAAGCGCGAGAUUUCGGAGAGGACGUUGACCCCCGACGAGAUGGCGAAGUUCAGCCAAGCGAAGGCCACGGAGGUGAAGAACUACAUUGUGUCUUCGAUGCUGGAGACACUCCCACCAGGAGUGACCCCGCCUCCUGAGGACAUCAUGCGCAUGAGGUGGAUUCUCGAGUGGAAAAUGAACGAGAACACGGGCGAGAAGAAGCCGAAGGCGAGGAUCGUUGUCCUGGGUUACAUGGACCCCGAGUACGAGCACCGUCCGACUACCGCUCCAACCAUGACGAGGACUUCGAGACACCUGGUGCUGCAGGCGAUGGCGUGGCUGGGCUUCAAAGGCUACAAGGCGGACGUGACGGGAGCUUUCACGCAGAACCGAGAGAUCCAGCAUGACCUAUUCGUGUUGCCCGUGAAGGAGUUAGCAGCAGCCCUGGGGAUGCCCGAGGGUGUUGCCAUGCGGCUCAGGAAGGCGGUCUACGGGCUCGUGGAGGCGGCGAUCGAGUGGUUCAUGACCGUGAGUGAGGCGCUGGAGGAGUUCGGUUGGACCCAGAUGAAGAUGGACCCCUGCGUGUGGGUACUCUACGGUGACGCGCACGGCAAGGAUAACAGCUUCACCAAAGAGGCGCUGAAGGAUUUCACGGACCCAGGAGUGCUGGAGGACCUGAUCGCGGCGAAGGGAGACCUGGAUAUCAUAGCCAUUGCGGGGUCGCACGUAGACGACUUCCUGCUCGGGGGCAACGACGCGGACCCCAGGUGGAUCACCGCACGGGAGCAGAUUGAGAAGCGUUUCAAGUGGAAGGCCUGGGAGUCGGAGGAGUUCAUGCAGACGGGGGUGAGGAUCAAGCAGCAACCCGACAGGAGCUUCCGCAUGGAUCAGAGCGAGUACGUGAAAACCAUCGAGAAGGCGUACCUCACCCCGGAGCGCAAGAAGGCCAAGGACAUGCCGACCACUGACAAAGAGAAGGGCCAGCUGAGAGCUAUCCUGGGAGCCAUCGGGUGGAGGUCCGAGCAGUCAGGUCCCAUGCACUCGGCCGACACCAGCCUGUUGCUCAGCACGAUACCCUUUUCCACUGUGCAGACCAUCAACGAGACCAACCGACUCGUCGAUCGUGUUCGUGAAUGUGCUGACCUACCCGUGGUGAUCCACAGCCACUCUCAGUCACAGGUGUUGGUGCCAGUGGAGUGGUCUGACUCUUCCGAGGCCAACCGGCCCGACGGGAAGUCCACGAAGGGCCUGGUGGCAGGGCUGGCACCUCUGAAGAUUCUCAAGGGCGACGAGGCAGACGUGAGCCUCAUAUCCUGGAAGUCAGGCAAGAUCGAUCGUGGUUGCCGCAGCUCCGUGGCAUGUGAGACACGCUCAGCUGUGGACGCGGAGGACGAGCUGUACGGUAUCAAGUUACAGUGGCUGGAGAUCCUGGGCAACAACAUCGACUGGAGGAGUCCCGAGGGAGUUCUGCGCAGACUGCCAGGAGCGGUGGUUGUGGACUCAAAAGGACUGUACGACAAGCUGCAGACUACGGUCUACACCUUCCGGGGCAAGGAGAAACGGACUGACGUGGAGGCAAUGACGCUGAAGGAAGGGACACAGGCGGCGAACAACUGGAUGCUCUGGGUCCAUGGAGAUGCUCAGCUCGCCAACUCGCUGACGAAGGGACACGAGCCGGGCCAGCUGCGGAUGUACUUCAACAACGGGCACCGCUGGAAGCUAGUUUACGACGAGAAGUACCAGAGUGCGCGUAAGAGGAAGGCAGCUGGUAUCCAGCCGUUCGAACACGUGGGAGUUGGGACUCUGAAGACUCCAUGUGGUGCAACAGUUCAUGUCAAUGCAGCUGCUGGCCCCGACUUCCUGCCAUACGAGGCCAUGACUGAGUGCAGUUCGGACGAGGAGGUGGACUCAAGGAUGCUCAGCUUGGAGGACCCUUAUCUGUGCAAUUCCGAGUACGAGCAAGCCUGA